AGAAUGAAGACCGCGCGCGUCGCCGUGCUUGCCCUGCUUGCCGCAGGGUUAAUCUCCGCGGAGAUCCAGAACCUGGACCUGCUACGCUUACUGAUGGAGCGACCCAUGCUCAGCGGACACAACCGCUUCGACCGCGGGCCCUCCAUCGAGGACCGGGUCGACCAGCUCUGGCAUCGGAAGUAUGGGGAGGACCACAGAUAUAGUGACGAUAUAAGGUAUGAAUAUGUUUGUCAGACUAAGCUCCUAAUCAAAGAGCCCUUCAAGUUGCGUCCUAAAAUAACCCAGCAACCUGGACCUGCUACACCUACUGAUGAAGCGGUCCAUGCUCAGCGGACACAACCGCUUCGACCGCGGGCCCUCCAUCGAGGACCGGGUCGACCAGCUCUGGCAUCGGAGAUAUCCGAGGAAGUCCAGAACCUAAACUUGCUACGCCUACUGAUGAAGCGGUCCAUGCUCAGCGGACACAACCACUUCGACCGCGGGCCCUCCAUCGAGGACCGCGUCGACCAGCUCUGGCAUCGGAAGUAUGGGGAGGACCACAGAUAUAGUGACGAUUUAAUCGGCACAUCAACGAAGCGGUCGGCGGUGGCGACGGCACUGAACGCUGGCCGUCCGCGCCGGCAGCCCGCGCCCGCGCUCGGUAUCCUGAACGACAUGGAGAACUUCUUCGAGUCGCUCCGCGGCAACCUGGCCCUGCAGGCUUCGUUGUCACCCGACGAGCGCGCCCACUUCUACGAGCCGCCGACUGUCGUGCAACCACCCUCCUCAGGAGGCGGCGGCGGGAGCGGGAUGCGGAAACUGCAUGCGCUCCGGCCCCUCCGACCCACGGGCAACAUCAGAUCUUACAACCGCAGAUCCUUGGUGGAAGACCACAUAUACCCCGGCGCGAACCGGCACGACCCCGGCCUGCUGUGGGCUGGGCUUGGCCGGUAGACGCCAGCACAACAAGCGGCCCAUGGUCUGCGGACGGACCCAGUUCUUCGGCCCGCUCUGUCCCCGGGUUCGGAAGCCGCCCCAAGUGAUUAUUCGCUCUGUAAGAACGCCUGAUACGAUGCCGAUUUUUACGUACGUGAUAAAUACUCGUAAUAGCUUGUUCUGAAUAUUGUAAGUCCAGCCAGUGCGCUGUCAUAUUUGCCUGUUUGACUGCUCAAUACAGAGGGCAUUUGGAAUAGGUUCCAUUUG